UUGAUCCAACCAUGACAGCAGAUACAACAGCCCGACAAGGAAAGCACACAAAGUUCAGAUCAACCAUGACGGGAAAAUCUUUGAUAUCUUCCCUGCUUGUGCUUCUGCUGCCUGUCGGAAGCCUUGGUUUCGUCCCUCGACAUCCGAUAGACGCCACAAGAUCCCUUCAAUUGCAGCAACAGUCUCCUCCUGCCGAUGAAAUAAUCAUCAGAAGGCCAUCGGCCAUGGUAAUUGGCGGCAUUCUCCUGUCGGGUCUCUUGACCCUGACUCCUCCUGUAUGGGCCGACGAAGAGGCCGCACCUGCACCUGCCCCUCCCACUAUUGAAGCCUGCCGCAAGGAUCCCUCCGGUGGUGUCACGAAUUGCGUGUCAACUAAAAAUGUCAAACAACUGGAUCUGUAUGCCCCACCAUGGACGUUUGAAUCAUCUGCGGAAGAAGCUGCAGCUCGCUUGAAGGGCGUGGUUGCCUCGGAUUCUGCUCUGGAUAUUGUCAAGAAAGAGAGCGAAGGUGAUGGCAAAUCCCUGUAUUUCGAAAUCAAGUCUACCCGAUCGGCCAUAUUCAAUGACAAUCUGCAGUUCAUCAUUAAUCCACAAGACAAGGUGGUUACCUUUCGUGCCGAACAAGACGGUGAACCGGCCGUGUCAGACUUUGGUGCCAUUCGGAAAGAAUUGGAAUCCAUUCGAACACGGUGCAAGUUUGGUGUCAUGGGACAAGGAGUCUCCGCUGACUCCAUGCCCUCUCAAAAUGGCCCCAUUGGACAGCUGAAGGCAUUUUACGGACUGCAGAGUGGAAAAGGGUUUGAAGAUGUUUUUGGCGAGGAAUAAAUUUAGACCAUUGCUAGCUAGCUAGCUACCAGCGUGUCAUAAUAUGCAUACGGUAGUGCAUACUUUGUAUAGCUCCAGAUUGCAAGUUGC